GGAGCUCUCGGUAGGAGAGGUGAGUUUGGGGGAAGUCUCUCUGUCCGGAUGUGGACGUGGCACAGCGCUGCAGCAGUUCCGCUGAAUGUCCGCUUCUGAUUCCGAGAAGGGAUUAGUGAGAAACACCCCGGGACGACAUCGACUUCACAGUUUGUCGGUCACCGGGUUUCAACGUUUGCUCCAAGCAGAGGAUAGCCUUACACUUUACAACACUUUGGAGAUUUAGGGAUGAACUGAGGAUGAAUGUAAACCAGCGCACUCCAAUGGCCACUCCGUACAGCCAGCCCCAGCCUGGCUAUGGCCAGCCCGGCUACGCCCCCCUGGAUGGGGGAUACCCCGCACCCUACGCUGGCUACCCGCCCUACAACGGCCCUGCUUCAGCCUUCCAACCCGGGGCCCCACCACAAGGUUAUUCCCCUUUCACAAGUUUUCCCUCUAAGGCUGUGGCUGCCAACCCAGUCUCUGACCUCUCCUCUCCUCUUGACUUAGGUCCUGCCAGGGGUCCCCCCACCUCUGGAGCCCCUCCAGUUUCAUCGCCUCAACAAUAUAAUCAGUACAGUCACAGUCAAGGGGACAUGCAGAAUGGCCCCCCACCUAUGACACAGGCACCACCCAGGCCGGCUGGGUCUCAGCCAUACAAUCAGGGAGCUGUGAACCUGUCAGGGCCACAACCUGCCUAUCCCCAACACUACGGGCCCCAACCCACAAUGCAACAGGUCACUAACCAGAUGACCGGGAUGCAGAUCACUUCUGGACCGCCGACCCCUGCAGGGCCAGGAUAUGCUCCGCCUCAGAGCUCGCAGCCUCCUGUCAGUGCCCCCUACUCCGCCCCCCCUCCCCCCUCUGCGUCCGCUGCCCCGACCCAGCCUCCCCCUCCCAGCGGCCCCGCAGCUCCUCAGCAAUACUACGGAGGACCACCACCUCCUUCUCAACAGCCAUUCAGCUCUCCUCUUCCCCCCACCUCCCAGCAGCAGUUUACAGCUCCUCCCCCUCCUCCUUCCUCUCAGCAAACCUUUCCUCCCUCCUCCUACUCGGGUCCCAUGUCUCCACCCAGCCAAGCUCCGGCCCCCCCCAUGUCCCAGCCCCAGCAGUCGUUCCCCCCAGCCCAGCCCCCCUUCUCCUCAGCACCUCCACCUGCCAGCCAUCCUGCCUUCAACUCGGGCCCGCCUCCCCCCGCUCAGGGCUCCUUCCCAACUGGAGCCCCCCCUCCUUCCUCACAUGCCGGGUCUUUUCCUCCUCAAAUCUCCAUGCACCCUGGCCAGUACCCAGGCCCCAUGCCACCCCAACAGCAGCCCCCUCCAUCCCAGCCAUCCCCCUACAACUCAGGCCCCCCUCCUCCCAGAGUUCAGAUGCCCCCUACUUCCAUGGCCCAGAGCAACCACCUUCCUCCAGGACCCCAGGGCCCCCCAGGUCCCCCGGGGGCCAUGCAGCAGCCCCCGCCUCAGCCUGGCAUGCAGGGAGGAUACCCCCCCCAGCAGAAUGGUGCGUUUGGGCAGGUGAGGGGCCCUCAGCCUGGCUAUGCGGGCCCUUAUCCCGGUCAACCAAACUACGGAGCUCCUGCACCAGCGCCCGCUCCUGCUCCCGCUGCACAGAAGCGACUCGACCCCGAUGCCAUUCCUAGCCCGAUCCAGGUAAUAGAGGACGACAGGGCUAAAAGCACGGAGCCGUUCACCACAGGGGUCAGAGGUCAGGCCCCUCCGCUGGUCACCACCAACUUCCAGGUCAAAGACCAAGGGAAUGCCAGUCCCAGGUUUGUUCGCUGUACGGCCUACAAUAUGCCCUGCACGGCCGAUAUGGCCAAGCAGUCUCAGGUGCCCCUGGCCGCCGUCAUCAAGCCCCUCGCCACGCUGCCCCCAGAUGAGACCCCUCCAUACCUGGUGGACCACGGCGAGGGGGGUCCGAUCCGUUGCAACCGCUGCAAGGCCUACAUGUGUCCGUACAUGCAGUUUAUAGAGGGAGGGCGGCGCUUCCAGUGUGGCUUUUGCAGCUGCCUCACAGAGGUGCCUCCACAUUACUUCCAGCAUCUGGACCACACUGGUAAGAGGGUGGACUGCUACGACCGGCCGGAGCUCUCGCUGGGAAGCUACGAGUUCAUGGCCACUGUCGACUACUGUAAGAACAACAAGAUCCCUCAGCCUCCAGCCUUCAUCUUCCUCAUCGAUGUGUCCUACAACGCCGUGAAGUGCGGCAUGGUCAACAUCGUGUGCCAGGAACUAAAGACCCUCCUCGACUACCUGCCCAGGGAGAACCCAGAAAUGGACUCCGUGGUGCGGGUGGGUUUCGUCACCUACAACAAGGUUUUGCACUUCUACAACGUAAAGUCCAGCCUGGCCCAGCCGCAGAUGUUGGUGGUGUCGGAUGUGUCGGACAUGUUUGUGCCUCUGCUCGACGGCUUCCUGGUCAAUGUCAACGAGAGCCGGCAAGUUAUCGAGAGUUUGCUGGACCAGAUCCCAGAGAUGUUUGCGGACACCAGGGAGACGGAGACAGUGUUUGGACCCGUCAUCCAGGCGGGACUGGAGGCACUCAAGGCUGCAGACUGUUCAGGAAAGCUGUUUGUGUUCCACACCUCUCUGCCCAUCGCAGAGGCUCCGGGAAAACUGAAGAACAGAGAAGACAAGAAGCUAGUUGGGACCGAUAAGGAAAAGUCUCUGUUCCAGUCUCAGGCAGGUUUCUACAACACCCUGGCUAAGGAGUGUGUAGCGCAGGGCUGUUGUGUGGAUCUCUUCCUCUUCCCCAACCAGUACGUGGACGUUGCCACGUUAGGAGUGGUUCCUGUCUCCACUGGAGGCUCCAUCUACAAAUACACAUACUUCCAGGCUCAGUCGGACAGGGAGCGAUUCCUGAACGAUCUGAGGCGAGACGUUCAGAAACUAGUGGGCUUUGACGCCGUCAUGAGGGUGCGAACCAGCACAGGUAUCCGGGCGACAGACUUCUUCGGCUCCUUCUUCAUGAGCAACACCACAGACGUGGAGCUAGCAGGCCUGGACUGCGACAAGGCCAUCACUGUGGAGUUCAAACACGACGACAAGCUCAGCGAGGAGACGGGGGCCCUCAUGCAGUGCGCCGUGCUGUACACCAGCUGCAGCGGGCAGAGGCGUCUCCGCGUCCACAACAUGGCGGUCAACUGCUGCUCUCAGCUGGCCGACCUCUACCGCAACUGUGAGACGGACACAAUCAUCAACUUCUUCUCCAAAUACGCUUUCCGAGGCCUCCUAACCAACCACACUAAGGCGGUGAGAGAAACUUUGAUCAACCAGUGUGCUCAGAUCCUGGCCUGCUACCGAAAGAACUGUGCGAGCCCCUCAUCAGCUGGUCAGCUGAUCCUGCCUGAGUGCAUGAAGCUGCUGCCGGUGUAUCUGAACUGCCGGUGGCUGAAGCGUGACGUGUUGCAGCCGGGGGCCGACAUCUCAUUGGACCGACAGGGCCUACCCCUGAGGCAGCUGAUUGCUGCAAUGGACGUCUCCGAGAGCCACGUCUUCUUCUACCCCCGCCUGCUGCCACUGGCAAAGUUGGAAACCGGGUCGUUGCCGAUGGCGGUGAGGGACUCCGAGGAGAGGCUGUCUAAAGGCGGAGUGUACCUCCUGGAGACGGGGCUCCACCUCUUCCUGUGGGUGGGGGCCAGCGUCCAGCAGGAGCUGCUGCUCAACAUCUUCGGCACGACGAACUUCAGCCAGAUAGAGCCGAGCCUGACAAGUCUUCCAGAGCUGGACAACCCCUUCUCUCAGAGACUCAGAGAGAUCAUCGAAUCCUUCAGAGCAGAGCGAUCACGAUACAUGAAGCUCAUGGUGGUGAAACAGGAAGACAAAGCCGAGCUGAUAUUCAGGCACUUCCUGGUGGAGGACAAGAGCGUCUGCGGGGGAGCGUCAUACGUGGACUUCCUGUGUCACAUGCACAAGGAGAUCCGCCAGCUUCUCAGCUAGACCUACACGUUCCCACCUUCACCUGUAUGACCCCCCCUCCCUCGGUUUACCCUUCCUUGUGAAAGAAAGCGCUUUUUUUUUUCUUUUUUUUUUAACCUAAUAAACUAAAGCUCUCCUUGCUGUCUGUCAGCUGAGACGCCAGCUGGCAGACAUCGUUGUGUGUGUGUGUGUGAGAAAGGUGUUCAUAGAGCUUUACUCUUCCCUCAAAUGUACUUCUCCAACACAGCAGGAGCAAUAUAGCUGACGAGGGAGAGUAAUGUAUAUACACAAGUGAACUAUUAUGUAUGCAACAGACUGAGUGAGUGACGGCGGGUGUUGACUGUAGUCGGUGAACUGUCUGUAUUACUAGCACUGAAAGGCUGUUUUGGGUUUAUUAACGACCCUCGGAUAGCAAACACUUUUUAUAUGAUUGAAUCCCAAUAGAGUGAAGGACAUCUACACAACCCAAAUGGAAUUAAAUAAAUGCUGGUCUUUCUGUCUCUUCUCCCCUUUAACCAUGGCCUUGGUACCCCCCUCCCCAUGCUGCUCCAAUCAUCUGUAAUGUGUGUGUGUAUGUGUGUAAAUAUGUGAGAGGAUUAUUCACCCAUUGCCCCUAUUCUUACUUCCUGCUUUCAGUAAGAGCAGUCGAAUUAAAAAGUUACAGGAAGAGCUCAAACUCGAGUCGGACAACAGAAUGGAUUUAAGGAGUAUCUUGAAAUGUAAAAUCUGGUUUUAUUUUCCACAAGUGAACUGAAAAUAAAGGCUUCUGUGUUAUUACAGUAAUUGGUAUAAUCCGGAUUUGUUUAAAUCAGCUUCAGUUGAGUUUCCGUUACUGUUGCUAACAUCUGGCUCAGAUGUUUGGUCACCGAUGAACCAGAUGUGCAUUUUAAAUCACUGUCAAUGAUUCUGGAAUGAGAGGGGGCCUAUAUUUAUUCAACGUCUAUGCAGCAAAGAGAAGGACUGACACAAAAUAAAUGGGAAAUCAUCAUGAUUUCUUUCUAGGGUCAAUUCAGUCUGCUGCAGUGCUGUGACUUUAUAAGAAUCAAACGUUCUGAGAACUGUACUUUUAAAAAAAGCAAAGUUGAUUUCUUUUUUUAGAAGACAGAAAUAAGUGCAGAACGACUGCAGAUAUAUCAGCUAAUGUUUUGAUUUUAAAUUGUCUCCGCACUGAUGUUGUUCAGUGUGUAAAUAAAGUAUAUAAUCUGUACAGAAUUAAUAGAAGAAAAACAAUUUUAAAUAACUGCCUGGACAGCUGUGGUGUGUUGAUGGUUGGUUUCGCUGUCACAAAUGGCCGAAAUAUAAAAUCCUGGCUUUUACUGAAGAGAGGAAGACGCCCUGACUGGCUUUUUGAUACAUGUGUGUCUGUGUGAAUGAGUGUGUCAGUUUGUUUGUUUGUGUGUGUUUGAAUGUGGGGUCGGUCCUGGUGAAUUUCUGCUGAGGAACAGAGGGAUCAGCCAACACACACACUCACACACUAUACAUUACCUGUGAGAUUAAAUCUAAUCUUUAUUCAUCACUUAAUGUCCUUUUUUUUUUAACGUUGUGACUUUUGUGUUUAUUUGGUGUGUGUGUAGCCCUCUGUUCCGUCUUUACGUUCACUGACUUCGAUUGGCCCAACGUCUUGACUGUUAAUUUCUGUUCCUUUUUUCUCUUUGAUUUGUCCUCUUUUUUUUCAUUGCCUCUUGGGACUGCUAAUAAAAUGAUUGUUAAAGUGAAACUCCA